AUGAUCCUAAAUUUUCUCGUCCUAGACCUGAAUUUUGGUCGGCUUCCUGAAUAUAUUCAUUUAAGAGCGUUCAAAGAUUCGUCACAUGCUGAAUAUUUCAUUUACAGAGGUUCAAGAUUCGUCACUGCCCAAUAUGGCGAUUAUUGGAGAUUCAUGAAAAAGUUAAGUAUGACCAAACUCCUUUCUGUGCCUCAGCUUGAUAAGUUCACUGACGUAUGUGACAAAGAAAAAGUCAAACUUGUAGAAUCAGUGAUAAGAUUAGCAAAAGAAGGAAAAGUAUGCGAUUUAAGUAAAGAACUUACUGCUUUAACGAAUAACACUAUUUGCAGAAUGGCUAUGAGCACACGAUGCUCCGGCAGCAAUAACGAGGCGGAGGAGAUUGAAGAGUUGGUCAAGACUUGUUUAAAGCUUACAGGGAAAUUAAGUUUAGGUGAUGUUUUAGGUCCUUUAAAGAUUUUUGAUUUUUCAGGGACAGGAAAGAAGUUGGUUGGGGCAUUGACGAAAUAUGAUAGGCUGGUGGAGAGGAUAAUGAAGGAACAUGAAGAGAAGGCUAAGAAAGGUCUUGUAGGGGAAAAGAAGGAUUUGCUGGAUAUAUUAUUGGAGAUAUAUAAUGAUCCUGAAGCUGAAAUUAGGUUGUCUAGAAAUGACAUCAAGUCUUUCUUGCUUGACCUUUUCUUUGCAGGCACAGAUACAUCAUCAGCAGCAAUGCAAUGGGCAAUGGGGGAGCUCAUAAAUUGUCCAAGAGCAUUCAACAAACUCAGGGAAGAAAUCAACACAGUUGUGGGACCAAACAGGCUAAUAAAAGAAUCAGAUGUGCAAAAUCUCCCUUACCUUAGAGCAGUCAUUAAAGAAACCCUAAGACUUCACCCAUCAGCACCACUAAUCAUACGAGAAUGUGCAGAAGAUUGCAAAAUCAAUGGUUCAAUCAUUAAAGCCAAGACUCGAGUUCUUGUGAAUGUCUUUGCAGUAAUGAGAGACAAAGAUUCUUGGGCAAACCCAGGUGAAUUCUUGCCUGAAAGAUUCAUGGAAAGUUCAAAAGAGAAAAUUGGAGAGCAUCAAAUGGAAUUUAAAGGACAGAAUUUUAGGUAUCUUCCAUUUGGGAGUGGAAGAAGAGGGUGUCCUGGUGCUUCACUUGCUAUGUUAGUUAUGCAUGCAGCUGUUGGAGCACUGAGCACUGUUCAGUGUUUUGAACUGGGAAAGGUGAAGAUGUCAGAUUAGGUUGAUUGAAGCACUUGGGUCUUGGAUUCGUGCUGG